ACCACAAACGUGUGUAUUUUUUUGGUAACAAUUUAAUCAUUUGAAAUAUCAAAGAAAACUGAUACUAGAAUAGCGAAAAUGCUGAACAAAUUGCAAUUUAACAACAUGGUGAUAUCUAAUAAGAAGGGCAUACAACAGGCUCGAAUACAAACCAUCAAUAAACUCGUUCACAAAAUACGAAAGCUGAAAAAUCUACAGGAAAAAAAGCCGAAUGACAGUAAAUGUAAAGAAAGGAUUAAUAAAUCAACUGAAACCAUGGAACAACUUAAAAAGUUUAAGCGUGUUGAUAUAAUGAAGGCAGUAUUAUUGCUGGAGAGGCCACCAGCUGCUGUCAUUACCAAUGGACUUUCCACACCUGAGGAAAUGGCAGUUGCGCUGCUGGCCAUGAAUAAAGUUAUGCAAGGUUUAGCAAAACGUUUUAUGAUGGAAUUGAAACUAGAGGAUCCAACAAACAGUUCUUGGAGGGAUGAGUUGAAAGAGAGUAGCAAAAGAAAACAAAAAUUUCAAAGGACAGAAGAAAAGAAACGGAAAAGAAUGGAGCUAAAAGAACAAAAGGCCAUUGCACGUAAACGACAGGAAUGGAUGGAGCAGAAUUGCGAUGGUUUAACUACGGGCGAAGAUGAAAAGGAUUCCGACGGCAAUGUCUCAACAGUAGGUGGUUGGAAAAUUGAGGAUGUUCAAAAAGAAAUUAAACAGGAAACGAAGGAAUAUCCCAGCAAUAUACAAUCGGAUUACCAAAAUGUAGUACGCGAAAGAGAUAAUUUAAAAAAGAAACCGAAGAUUGAGGUUAAGGAAAAUAAAGUACAAAAUAAAAAGAGAGCACUUGAAUCCUUCCCUCAACAAAAUUUUGAAUCAAGCGAUAUACAAUCGGAUUACCAGAAUGUAGUACGCGAAAAGGAAAAUUUAAAAAAGAAAUCGAAGAUUGAUGUUAAGGAAAAUAAAGUACAAAAUAAAAAGAAAGCACUUGAAUCCUCCCCUCAACAAAAUUUUGAAUCGAGCGAAGAAGAAAUGGCCGAAGACACUCAUGUUGUGGAUCCCUUUUUUGUUACAGAGACAGGAGAAAACUAUUUAUCUACAGCUGUUUCAAAUCGAAAUCAAGAUAAUGAAGAGAAAAAUGAUGAAGCCCAAGAAGACUUGCAUAUGAUUAAAUUAAAUGGCAAAAAGCCUAACAAUGGAUAUCGCGAAAGAAAACUGCAGCAGACAGCCAAUAAAUAUUCCCAACGACAAACGAGUCACCAUAAAGACAAUUAUCCGCAAAAACAAAGAAAAUGGCAAGAAGAGAAACAAAAAAACAACCGUCUGCAAUGGAAUAGCGACACAAACUUCCAAAGGAAUAAUAAUACCAAAACGCCUCCUAACAGAAAAACAUUUGAGAAACAAGACGAAAAACUACACCCAUCUUGGGCAGCCAAGCAGAAACUGAAGCCGGUUAUAACAAACUUCCAAGGUAAGAAGAUAACCUUUGGCACCAACGAGGAUGGUGUUGCAGAGUCCCGGGGUAGCGAUGCAAUGAGCCAAAAAAGUAAAACAAUAAAAGAUACCAAACCGGAAAAUUUAAAUACAGAUUCAUUACAUCCCUCGUGGGCAGCAAAACAAAAACUAAAACCUGUUAUAACUGCUUUUCAGGGUAAAAAGAUAUCUUUCGACAAUGAUGAAUAAAAAGCCAAUUUAAACAUUUUUUCCUUAAA